UCUGAGAAGAAAAGGGACGUAACUCUGAAGUCAAAAUGGCGAAGGUUUUGGAGCUCGUUGAAAACCAAAAUGAUUUCAAUAAAAUAAUCAGUGAGAGUAAAAGUAAUUUAUCGGUAGUACAUUUUGCUGCAGCAUGGGCACCACAGUGUCAACAGGUUAAUGAUGUACUGACUGAAUUGUCCAAGAACACAAAGAAUAUAAGAUUUUUACAGUUAGAAGCUGAGAAUAUCCCAGAGAUAUCUGAAAAGUAUGAAAUAAUAGCUGUACCAACAGUAAUUUUUAUAAAGAAUGGAGAGAAAGUUGAUCGUUUAGAUGGUGCAAAUGUAGCAGAAUUGAGCAAAAAAGUAAAGAAAUGGGCUGCUGGAGGUGGUCAGAUAAACACUGCACCACCAAAACAGGAUUUAAAUACAAGAUUAAAGAAUUUAAUAAACCAAUCACCGGUUAUGUUGUUUAUGAAAGGAACACCUACAGAGCCUAAAUGUGGAUUUAGUCGACAGACAAUACAGAUAUUAAAUGAUAAUAAAAUAAAGUUUGGUUACUUUGACAUUUUAACAGAUGAAGAGGUCCGGCAAGGUUUAAAAACUUAUUCUAACUGGCCCACGUUUCCACAGUUAUAUGGUAAUGGAGAACUAGUUGGAGGAUUAGAUAUUAUAAAAGAAUUAGUUGAAACUGGAGAAUUAGCUAGUUCAUUAGGAGUUGUUGAACAACCAGAUUUAAAUGAAAGAUUGAAGUCUCUGAUCAAUUCUUCUCCAACAAUGGUGUUUAUGAAAGGGAACCCUCAAGAACCAAGAUGUGGAUUCAGUCGUACCUUAGUUGGUCUUUUAAAUGCUGAGGGGGUGAAAUAUAGUACUUUUGAUAUUCUUUCCGAUGAUGAGGUGAGACAAGGCUUAAAAACUUACUCUGAUUGGCCAACUUAUCCACAAGUAUAUGUAAAAGGUGAACUUAUUGGUGGGUUAGACAUUAUUAAUGAAUUAAAAGAAACUGGUGAACUAAAGAGUACAUUUAAUAUUGAAUAAUAUUCAGAUACAAUUUAAACAUCAAAUCAUAUAAAACAUUAAUUUAUAUAUAUAUUUUACAUCAGUGUUUUAUUCAUCAUGAGAAUUUUUUGCAUCCAGUGUCCUAGGAACUAAACAAUGAUUUUAUGAUAUAAUGUUUUGUGAAAGGGAUAAUGCACAAUUCAAAUGUUUUGCCAGAGAAAUUAAUAUAACCCAUUUGUGGAAGAAAUCUGAUUUGAAACGAGACCGAGAUCUUCACAAAGUUAUACACUUAACUAUUAUUUAGUUGUGUCAUUAUAAAUCAACAUAUUAGUAUCUACUUUCACUUUGAUGUAAUUUAUUGUAAAAUGAAAUUGAUUUCUUUGCUGGCUUAUGUGAACUAUUGGAGAAUUUCAGUGUUAGCACAUAAUACUAUGUUUUCAGGGCUUUAAUUAAAUUAUUUUUAAGUACCUUGUAUAUUAGGUGAGAUAAUUUACCUUAAAUUGAUAUUCCAUUGAUAAAAGUUUCAACUUGCCAGACACUCUUCUGAUUUAAGAAAGUUAUAUUGCAGUUCAGUCCCAUAUUAAUUGUGGAAAUUUUCUCCCAGAAGUUUUAAUUGAAUGUUGCUCAUCUAAUAAGGAAAUACCAUAGAUUUAAGUGAAAAUCGUACCUCUAAGAGUGGUUCCUUAAACUUUAAGGUGGUUAAUUGAAUGUCCAUGUCCUUAAGUAUGAGUACAUCAAUUUGACUGAAUUUUUCAGCAAAUUCCCUUAACAUUAUCUAGUUUUUAACUAUUAUAGUGAGAACUGCCAGCUCUUUAUCUAAUCUCCCAUAAUGCCCCUUUUAAAAGAACAAUGGUUAUAAAUAAAACUGGAAUUUUAAUUGUUGAUUAAUUAUGUCAGUUGAUGACAUUUGACAUUGUAUCAGUUGAUUGUUUGAAAAUUGUUAACCAACAUUUAUAAAUAAAUGUGCUAUUAUAAAA